UCACAUUUUUCACUCAAUCGUAUCAAAACAGAUCAAUGAUUAAUUCUGAACCCGAAUAUUUCAAAUUUGUUUUAUAAUUUGUCGUCAUAUAAAUGUAUUACUGUUGUAUGUGCUUCUCAAUCAAUUAAUAUAUCUUGUGCUUUAAAAACGAGAACAGUGAAAAGUGAAUUUUAGCAAAUAAGAGCUUGAUGAUUAUUGAUUUGUUGCGAAGAGAUAUACGAUAUAUAUAUAUAUAUACAGAUCAUAUUCGCGUACAAAGCAGCAUUACAGUACAUCAUGGAGGUCUUCCAAACCGAUAGCUAUUACAUUUUUGUUCGCAAGGAAAAGAGCCUAUGGUGGAACCGUUUGACAUCGGAAUUUCAAGCGAAAUGCGGCUGGGACCUGUCAUCUGUAGAUGACAUCGAGUGCAUUGGCAUAACCCAUGGAAUCGUUGGAACGAUCUCCCUACAAGGAGUCCUCGAUUCGCAUUUGAUCAUAAUCAAAGAGGUUGUGCCUGUGGGAGUAUUAUACGCACCAGACUUGGUAUAUAGGAUCAAAAGCAUAUGUAUAUUGGGUGCUGAUGACCCCGAUACUAUACUCCUAAACUGUACGAAGCACAACACUAAUGCUAGUAUUAAAACAAUGUCCAGUUUUGCUACGGACUCAACGCAGGCAGGAUCGAAUGCGAAUACCUCAUCUCCCAAGAAUCGUUUGUUUGAGAGUUCCGCGCUGGUUAACAAAACGUGGGGCGCAGUCAAGAGUGCAGGAAGUACUAUCAAGAACACCACAGAAAAAGCAGCCGCUAUUGCUUCAAGUCAAGUCAAGUCGACUGUGGGUAUGGUGGCGAAAGACCCAGUACGGGUAGAGAAACGCGUUAUGGACGAGUUGCAUCGUAUUUUCGAUGACAGUGAUAGUUUCUAUUAUAGUUUGAACUGUGAUAUUACAAACAAUCUGCAACGACGAUCGGAAGCACCAGAUGAUCGAUUCUACUGGAAUCGCAACAUGUUAAACGAUAUUAUACAACUUAAUGACGACGAUUGGGUGCUACCUAUUAUACAAGGCUUUGUGCAGGUUGAGCAGUGCGUUGUUGGUAACGAAUGUUUCACGCUGGCGCUUGUUUCUCGACGGUCAAGAUAUCGAGCAGGUACUCGAUAUAAACGCCGUGGUUGCGAUGAUGCAGGAAAUUGUGCCAACUAUGUCGAAACGGAACAAGUACUUUCGCUUCGACAGCAUCAAAUUUCGUUUACGCAAGUGCGUGGAUCGGUUCCAGUUUACUGGAGCCAACCGGGUUACAAGUACCGACCACCACCCAGAUUGGAUCGAGAUGAAAACGAUGCUCAUUUGGCAUUUGAGAAGCAUUUUGAGAAAGAAUUAAAGAUUUACCACUCUGUUUGUAUUAUUAAUUUGGUGGAGCAGACCGGCAAAGAAAAAAUCAUAGGAGAUACGUACGCAAAUCAUGUUAUUAGAUAUAAUUCUGAUAAACUUAUCUAUGUUACGUUUGAUUUCCAUGAGUAUUGCCGUGGAAUGCGAUUCGAAAAUGUGUCAUCACUAAUUGAAGCACUAGCGCCGGAAGCAGGCUCAAUGGGAUUCCAUUGGCGGGAUCAUAAUGGACCCAUUUGCAACCAGAAGAGCGUUUUCCGGGUAAACUGCAUGGAUUGUCUGGACAGGACCAACGUUGUACAGACUGCUAUUGGUAAAGCAGUGCUAGAGUCACAACUGGUCAAACUAGGCCUAGCUCCACCAUAUUCGCAGCUACCAGACCAACUGAAGAUACCUUUUAUGAUAUUGUGGGCGAACAACGGAGAUGUGAUCAGUAGACAGUAUGCUGGUACAAAUGCGUUGAAGGGUGAUUAUACGCGAACCGGUGAGCGCAAAAUAAGCGGCAUAAUGAAAGAUGGGAUGAAUUCGGCAAAUCGUUACUACUUAGCCCGCUUUAAAGAUACCUAUCGGCAAGCCACAAUCGAUAUGAUGUUGGGUAACACUGUCUCUGCGGAAUCGGUGAAUGCUCUAGGUGGCCAAGCUGGAGCGGUAGACGAAACUGAUGCUUUGGAAGGCGCAGAGCAUGCCAGGUUGUUGGUUGAGGACUGUAGACGUCUGCUACUAGGUACCACACAGUUUCCAGUUGGUGCCUGGGGUCUUAUAGAUUCCGAUCCAAGUUCUGGCGAUCCCAAUGAAACCGAAGUGGACACUAUCCUAAUUCUCACAGACGAUUGCUACAUAGUUGCCGAGUACGAUUCCCAUUUGGAUAAAAUUGUCCGUUUUGAGAAUGUUUUGCUGGAUAACAUAGUGUUGAUUGAACUUGGUCUAUUCCAACACAAUAAAAUGUUUCAUGGCCCUGCUCCGGCUCAUUUAUGCAUCCGUCUGAACUACACUGUGGACAACGUUGAUGGAUAUUUUCACAUGUUUCGCUCUCCAAACAUUCGCUUCUUCAACAAUGUUGCUGUUGUAAUCAGAAAACCCGAGGAAAUUACUGAAUCGCUAACAGCGAUCAUCGAUCUGUUUCGCAUAGCACUAGAAAACCGCGGACGAGGUAAUGUUCCUUUCCAGUGUGGAGGUAGUUUACAGCGAAGAAAAAGUCGCACGCUUCUUUCGGUGCCACAGGGAAUUCCAAGAAAUCUCUCCGAAUCCCAAUUAGUUCAGAUGGGGUCAAAAGCACUGAGUAAUGUUGCAGGUCAAUUUUCAAAAAUUGGACACAGCUUGAACCCUGUGAAAAUUGGUCGAUCGUCUGCAGGUAAAAAAUCUAAAGCUGCGACACCACUGCCUUACAUAUAUACUGCGCAGGUUGCCGAUGAGGCAGAGCGAAGUAAAUUCACCGUAGGAUCUCGCAGCUCGAGCUUGAAAAAAUCGGAGGGCUCAAGCUCAGAAUCGGAAGAAGCAGACAUUAGUAUUUAUGAACCAGAUGAUGGUGAUCUUGUUCAAGAGAACCCAUUGUACAAUGAAAAUGUAUUUCUUCCCUCAGUUGGGAUAGUUAUGAGUGGUACUGGAACAGGUGCUGAAGAUGACUUUGGAUCCAUGCUGGUGGAGAAGGAUAGCACCGCCAAGAUGUCAUCGGACGUUUCGACUAUGUCGAUAUCUUCUGUUACAGAUCAUAUAAAUAUGCCGGCUGGAAUGUUGGAGUGUGCUUCACCUAUUCGGAGUCGCAGCCCAAUGCCUGAUAUUCGAGUUGACGAUGGUGCAACAGGUAAUAUGGAAAGCACAUUUGAGGGCAAAAGUGGAAAAGAUCUGACACUGAAUUUAUCCGCCAAGCAGGGUGAUAACGCACUAAACCAGUUGAAGAGGUUAACAAGUCCGCUUUCCAACAUUGGCAAAGGACUUCAGACGUUGGGUGCGAAUCUUGAUCCGAGAAAAAUUUCCGUAAAGACACCAGUUCUUCCGGCUCGCAAUUCUGAAACGCCCACGGCCGAAAUAAAGCGCUUGGAGGAGAAAUGGGACAAAGCCCAAUGCCGAACUAAACUCAUUGCACUUUAAACCAACUGACACGAAUUUAUCACUAUUUAGCUCGACGCUAUGAGAGAACAUCUGCUGCUUUUUAUUUCUAGACAAAUCCAGAUAAAUUGCAUCCGGGUGAUAUAUUGUAUAUUGUGGUCAAACAUUGGUCUGUAGGACACAUUUUCUAAUCACAGUUCACCUUUAAGAUUGUUUUACUUAUUAUUAAGGUUCAUUUUUAGAGAAAAUGACCGUACUCGAGUACAUACAUACAUAAAUUUGGAAUUCCUCCUCAAGUUAAAAAUAAAACAUAGGGGAAUGUGUUCGGUUGUCGGCUUACUUUUGUUUUUGGCUCACAACAUUACUCCGAUUGAACAGUAUAUGAGAAUAAGCAUACCAAUGGAAAGCUAGAGGCCUUAGCUAAUAACUUAUGAAAGAAUUGAAUUUAUUCUAUCAACUUGAAAAAAUUAUUAAUAAUUUAGUAAAAUGAUAAUUUUGUACUAUUUUGAAAAAUGUGGUCGGUUGUCGGCACCCUAAGAAAAUUUAAUAAAAAUGGAAAAAUAUGAAUGAUAAUCAUCAAGAUUCAAAGGGAAAAGAAAAUUUAUUCAUUUCAACAACCAUCAAAGGCAUUAUGAACAUCCCGUGGGCUUGUCGGUGAGACUCAGUCUAGAAAUCUUUAUGUUAAGAGAUCUGUAUAGCGAUCUCCAUGAUUCUGGCAGUCCCUAGAAUCGAGUAGCCCAACGGCACGUGCUUCAGGUAGCGGAUAGAAGCUAAGGGAUACCCUGGCGUAUGGCAGAUUGAAUUAUUUUGUUUUCGAUAUUCAACUAGAUCCAGACCGAUGCGGUAUCCUAUGGAUGUAGGUUUAUUGUAUUUAAUCUAAAACUGUAAUGUAUUUUGCACAACAUAUUAUAUUCAAAUAUUUAAAAUUUGCCUAGUUAUUUUGAAGAACCAUCAUUCACGCGGACCAGACCGUCAAAUAAAGUGCCCAAGUGCCCAAAAAUAAGCAACUAUGUACUCUCGAUUGGUGAAUGAGAGUUGUAGAGUCGAGUGAGUGUUGAGUUUUUUGAUCUUCGAGCUUCAUGAUUAUUAGUGAUCGGCAAGGGAUGGAUGUUUCCACUUCCGAACGGAAGAAUGACAUGUUAAGCCAGCCGGGAAAGGUCACAGUGAUUUGAUUACAAGCCAUAUUAACAACUUGGUACAAAUCAACUUAAACAAUUUUAACAUUCUAGAAGAAUUCACACAUACAGUCCCAUAAAAGAAACCUUCAUUAAUGAAAUCUUCGUAUCUACUAAUCUCUUUCAUGGAAGAGCGGAAUAAUUGGUGAAAUCGUGGACACAGAAGGAGCUUACUAACAGAACGGAAAAAGGACUAACAAAGAAGAAAAAAAGAUCUAAAAUCUGAAAUCUAAAAAGGAGAUAGCCUGAUUUACAAUGGCUAAGGAAUGAGGAAUAGUAAUAAAGAGGCGGUAAACACCAGCGUCAAGGUAAAUUAUGGAAACGCAACGGUAAGAAUGCAUUACAAUCAAUAAUAAUAAUAAUAAUAUUAAUGAUACUAAAUGAUACCUAAUAAUCAUUUAGUAUCAGACCGGUUCUACACCAAAAAUGUACUACAAGGAAACUAUAAGGAAACAACCAUCAAAGACAUUAUGAACAUCAUUCUUCAUUAGAAUCACAAUAUGUGCAUGAAAAACUAAUGCGAAUAUUACGCACUGCUAAUGCACUGACGGAUCGCAUUUACUGCAAUUGAGUUAGUUUCUGGCAGUCCAUUUUUUACCAAAGCUUCAGACAGAUCAGAUAGAGGUCAGCCAAAGGGAGAGGGGGGCUACAGGGUAGCCCUGCCCCUUACCCUAUCAAAUUGUUUAUUUAUAUAUUGUACAUGAUGUUUAGAUGCAUGUAAAUACACAUUAACUAAUAUGCAAAAUGCACUGAAGGCACGUGCAAUUUUAUUAUUCUGCUCAACAAUUAUGGUUAAUGUUGUUUUACACAGUUCAGGCAAAUGAUAACAUAAUUCAUGUCAUGUUCGAGCUCUAUUAUUUUCAUCACAAAUCAAUACCUCAUCGGCAGAAAUAUAUGCCGCAUCGCCACAACACUAUCAUCGGCAUUUGCUUGAAAUUAUUUUGCAUGCGGAUUUUUCCCUGCAAGAUAACAUCAAUAUCGGAAGGGAAAAAGAAGACCGUCUUCGCAUGUCCCGUCCCAGGUCGUGACAAUCUGGUAUAUACAGUACUACCUAGUAGUGAAAACAAGACCAGGUGGGCUUUCUUCACUUAAAUGUUAAACGCUAAACCGGAAGUCGCCUUCCUGGUUUUCAGAAUAGUGCCAAAGAACGAUCUCUGGUAUCCAUUCGUAAAACCCGUUCCAAACUACUUAUAUUGAUUAGGUUGUGGAGAGCAUUUGCCACAAAAAUGGGGUGCCGACAACCGAUCAUGUUUGCGUGCCCACAACCGAUUUUGGUAACCUUUUUGAAAACUGAUUAAAAAAAAGUGUGGCGAGCAUUUCGGUGCCAUUCAAUGUUGAAUCACAAAAUAGAAUAAAUUCACAUCGUAAAUAUUCAAUGCGCAUACUUUUUCGAUCGAUUUACUUCUUUCUAUAACACUAAGCAAAUCAUCAAAAACAAACUUGUAAAACAACUUCACUUGUACAAAAAAUAUAUUGGUUGUAGAACAGAACAUUUGAGUCUGUUUGCUUCAGCAAUCGGCACAAAAAGAUCGUGAUAAUAUAACACACAAUUAAUAUUUAUCGAAAUGUCCAUGUCUGGUUUCUGUCAAAAGCUACAUAAAGGUACCGACAACCGACCACUUUCCCCUACUAUAUACUUCUAUCUUUCAGGCUUAAGUUUCUUUUUAUUUUGUAAAAAGCUACAAAGACGGAUCGCAAGCUUCCAUCAAAUUAAACUAUGCACAUUCCUAGAUCAUCGCGGUUUGAACAUUAUAAUCAUAAUUAUGAAACUCCAAUUAUUUGGGCGAGCGGGGUGUGGGGUCUAAGAGUUGUUUGAUUUUUGAAAAUCCCUUGGAUACCACAAUUGAGAUCGAUUAGUUUUUUUUCCACGGACAUCAUUUUUAGAUCGCUUUGAUAAUAUCUCUGAAACUGUCGUUUCUUUCAUUUGUCAUCGGUUUAUCCGUUUAAGCUCUGAAGCGAUCUAACUGCAGAAAAAUUCAUUUAAAAAACGAAAUGAGCAAUUUCUAUUAACUUAUAGAAAAUAGAAAGAAUCAAAAUUUUCUUUUCUGGUCCCUGCUUCUAAUUUCUAUUUUUUAAUAAGAGAAUGAACUUUUAUCCACGUGUUUAACACUUAGCAAGGAGGUAAUUCGCCGAGUACGAUCACCUGCUCAUAAGAGGUAUAGUCCAAAAUGUUUUUCGAGGUAGUAUUUGAUGUUUAGUUUCAAAACUCACAAGUAGGAUUCUCGAUCGAUAUAUGCGUUUCGAUGAUACCAGAGUGUUGGCUAUUGGUUAGUUGUAUCUUAAACAGUAUUCUCUAAAUGUUUCUCACGCUUAGCAAUAUAUUACACAUGAGUUUUACUACAGGAGCUUUUAUUGUGCUAGACCAAAGAUUUUAAUGCAAAUAACAUUCUUGAGUUGUGUUAGUUCUCUGAAGUUUAAUAAUUCCUAUUAGUAUCUACUAUAUUUACAAUUUGGAUACUUUCCUGUUAAACAAAGCUUUAGCCUAAUGAAUGUUUGUAACGAGUAUUUCUUAUGGACUCCAUAUAACCAUAUACUAGCGUUUUGUUUUACAAUAUUAAAUGCAAGUUAUUAGACUUAUUUCGUAUUAGUUUUCCGAAUGGAUGAGCUUGGAUCGAAUCCGAGUAUCGUUUGAUGUUGUUGUUAUUGAAAAUUAAAAUCACAUCCGCCAUUUUCAAAAAUGUGAGUGAAUAUUAAAUACAAGAACAUUUACUUCCUUUUGAAAUAAUAGGACACAUUGCAAUUUAAGAUAAAAUAAAAAUAAAGAUAUUUUUCACAUAGAAUGCGUAUACGUAAGUUUGAAAUAAAUCGGUGAAGUAGUUUUUGAUUGGCAGUUAUUAUCGCAAAUCGUUUUUUUUCAGAAAUGUUCUACAAAAACCUUCGUCACCGAGUCGCUUGUCGAUAUUUUUGCAUUGAAAAAUUACAGAAUGUUAUUGAAAUGAUACAUUAUAAUGUACAACACUUUUAAUCAAUUUGCUUCAAUUUUCUAAAAAAAAAUCGCGAAGAAGUGUUUUUUUCUCUCUGAAAAUUUUAGCCCUCCUUAAUUGAACAUAACCCAAAUGCUACCCGUCCACACUUCCUCCGAUCGGUUUUAUAAGAUCGAACUAUAUCGAAAUCAACUAGCUUACGAAAUCAAAUCCAAUACUUGUUCAAUUACAUCAGCUGGCUCGAGGUGAUCAUAUACAGUUUCAGUAUCGCGAUCUUACCGCAUGAAGCGAUGCUCAUUAUCCCCGAUGGAGAUUUUUUACGUGAUUUGUUAGUUUGUUACAUAUAUAAUAAUUGUUCCAUAAACACACCGUUUUUGUUACAUACUUGGGGUGCAUUUUUAGCAAAUGAAUAGUUUCCAAAUUAAUAAUAAAGACCAUUUGAGGGCAUCAAUUAUGUAACAAAUUCCAUCGUGAACUAACUUUGUUAAUUUUAUUUAUAUUUCCAAAAUAUUGUUUGCCUUGUUUGAUAAAACUUGUAUUGUCAAUUCUUUGUGGAAGGAACGUUCACUCAUGUUCAACCAUUACAUGAUUUUAGAUGCUUAUUAGAAGAAUGCUCAUCACACCCCGAGUGGCUAUCUUUUCCCGUUCUCUCCUACAUUGUGUUACCAUAUAUCACGUAAGAAAUUAUUAAAUAAAUAAAAUCUCAGUAGCCGUUCUUUUUGAAUUUAACGUUUUUUUGAGGAAGUACCCAACACAAGUAUAACAUAGCUAACAAAAGGUAAAACAGGUGAUAUAAUCCACGAUUAAUGCUAUCACAAAUAAUACAAUGGAUAAUUGCCAGGUCAACAUGGUCACACUAGCAUGAGAUUUUCACAAGUCAAUUAACUCAAAACAUUAAUAUACAACAAAUAUAACAAUAGCAAAUGCGUUAGAAUUAAAGAAAAUGUGAUGUUGAUCUCAUUUUAUUGCAGUUGUGCAGAUAGCUCCAGUACUUAAACAAUUUGCGCAAACUAGCAGGGCUUAGACAUUAGUACUGUAUGAUUUGGCAUUUAACCCUGGGCCUAAUAACGAUGCUACAUUAGCAAAUAAAUUUUGAUGCUAAAUUUAAAAUAUUUUUCUCGAUGUGCGUGUCAAUGAGGUGAGUUUAUUCACCAAGUAAGCAUAUACUCAAAUAUUGUUCUCAAAUAUGAAAAUUGUAUAUCUAGUAGGAAACAUACAGUCAUUCAGAAGCAAUAUCCAAAUCGA